AUGGAUGACAGUGGUCUCUUCCCAGCCAUCCUGAAUCUUGCCAGUAAUGCUGUGAUCUCCACCAAUGCAACCUGUGGUGAAAAUGGUCCUGAGAUGUACUGUAAACUGGUCGAGCAUGUCCCUGGGCGACCAAUACGAAACCCACAGUGUCGCAUUUGUGAUUCAAACAGUGCAAAUCGUAAAGAACGACAUCCAAUAAUGAGUGCUAUAGAUGGAACCAACAACUGGUGGCAGAGUCCCAGUAUCCAGAAUGGCAAGAAAUAUCACUGGGUGACGAUUACCCUGGAUCUCAGACAGGUGUUUCAAGUAGCCUAUGUCAUCAUUAAGGCAGCAAAUUCUCCUCGGCCUGGAAACUGGGUAUUGGAGCGCUCCACUGAUGGUAUUGAAUUUACACCAUGGCAGUACUAUGCCACAAGUGACACUGAGUGCCUGACUCGCUACAACAUCGCACCUAGAAUUGGGCCUCCAACCUACAAGAGGGAUGAUGAAGUGAUCUGCACAUCUUACUAUUCCAAACUUGUCCCGCUAGAGCACGGAGAGAUUCACACGUCCCUGAUCAACGGCAGGCCCAGUGCUGAUGACCCUUCCCCUACUUUGUUGGCGUUUACCUCGGCUCGUUACAUCCGUCUCCUCCUUCAGCGCAUCAGAACACUCAAUGCUGACCUCAUGACCCUUGGCUUCCGUGACCCCAGGGAAGUUGAUCCAAUUGUUACUCGCAGGUACUACUACUCCAUCAAGGAUAUCUCAGUCGGAGGCAUGUGUAUCUGUUACGGUCAUGCACGCAGCUGUCCAUGGGAUGAAGCAGUAAUGAGAUUGCAGUGCCAAUGUGAGCACAACACCUGUGGAGAGAGCUGUAGUGAGUGUUGCCCUGGUUACCAUCAGAAACCAUGGCGGCCUGGAACCUUUGCCUCUGACAAUACGUGCGAGAAGUGCAACUGCCACGGCAAAACAGAGAACUGUUACUAUGACCAAACUGUGGCCGAUCGCAACCUGAGUUUGAACACACGUGGCCAGUACAUUGGUGGGGGUGUGUGCGUUAAUUGCACCAACAACACUGCAGGCAUCAACUGUGAGACCUGUAUUGAUGGCUUCUACAGACCUUACAAGGUCUCUCCUUUUGACCACGACCCUUGCUUGCCAUGUGAUUGUGACCCUGCAGGAUCCAUAAAUACUACUUGUGUGAAGGAUGACAAUCAUGCAGUCAAAGACCCAGGUCUCUCCCCUGGUCAGUGCCACUGCCGGGAUGGUUAUGCUGGGAAGACGUGCAAUCAUUGUGCUUUGGGCUUCAAAGGUUUUCCCAGUUGUGUGCGCUGUAACUGUAGUAUAGUCGGCAGCAUCAAUGAUGACCCUUGUGCUGAGCCAUGCCAAUGCAAGAGCAACGUGGAGGGAGAGAACUGUAACCAGUGUAAGUCAGGAUUCUACAAUCUGCAGGCAAGGAAUCCUGAAGGCUGUACAGAAUGCUUCUGCUUUGGACUCUCUGGUGUUUGUGAAAGCAUUUCCUGGUCUGUUACACAGGUCAUGGAUGAUAAUAGGUGGCAGGUGACUGAUCGUCAGGGUGUUAGGAGGGUGCAACCCUAUCAUGAUCUGCUUGAUGGCCCCAACCAAAUGCGUAUUAACAACACUGAAGCCAGAAAGUCCAUGCCUGCUUUGUAUUAUUGGACAGCACCAGAAUCAUAUUUGGGUAAUAAGUUGACUGCCUAUGGAGGCUACUUGAAGUUCACUGUGUUAUAUGAUUUUCCAAUGGAAAACACUGAUAACGAGCUGUCCUCUAAUAUUGAUGUCAUUAUCGAGGGCAAUGGUCGAACACUGGGUACAGGGUCAGAAGGCCUCCUGCUCCAACCAUAUGAAGAACAAUUGGUUGCAGUUCGAUUCCUACCCGAGAACUUCGUGGACAUUAAUACAAAUAAUGCAAUAGACCGAGAUCGACUAAUGACAGUUCUCGUAAAUGUAACACGCCUGCAGAUCAGGGCCACGUACAACGUUGCCAGAAAGGCUGUGUACAGGCUGAGUUCUGUCACCUUGGAUGUUGCAAAUCCCAAUGCUAUUGACAUUCUACCUGCAGUGGAUGUUGAACACUGUGAAUGCCCACCCGGCUACGCUGGAAUUUCCUGUGAGUCUUGUAUCCCAGGUUUUUAUCGUGUUGAUGGAAUAUUGUUUGGAGGCAUCUGUCAACAGUGUGAAUGCAAUGGCCAUGCUACAGAAUGUGACACUAGCGGCACUUGCUUGGACUGUCAGCACAACACAACUGGCCCAAAUUGCAAUCAGUGCUCCUUUGGCUUAUAUGGUGAUCCCACCAGAGGGACUACUGAGGAUUGCCAGCCAUGUGCUUGCCCACUGAACAUUUCCUCGAACAAUUUCAGUCCCACCUGCUACUUAAACAAAACAGGAACCAUCAUAUGUGAUCAGUGUCGGCUGGGCUAUGCAGGAACCAGAUGUGACAGGUGUGCUGACGGUUACUAUGGAAACCCAACAACACCUGGAGAGUCUUGUGUGCCAUGUGUCUGUAAUGGUAAUGUCGACCCAUCUGUUCAAGGAAAUUGUGACCCAGUGACAGGGGAAUGUCUGAAAUGUAUCGGGAACACAGCAGGAGGAUCGUGCGAGCAAUGCGCGGGCGGAUUCUACGGAGACGCUGUCAUCGCUAAAAACUGCCGUGCUUGUGACUGUAAUGUGAAUGGUUCCUUCAGUAAGGCAUGUGACUCCAAGACUGGUCAUUGCCAGUGCAAGCCCAAUGCGCUGGGACAGAAGUGUGACCAGUGUUUGCAUGGGUAUUUUGGCUUGAGCACUGGACUGGGCUGCCUUCCCUGCAACUGCAGCCAAUUGGGCUCAAUCUCUGAGGACUGUAGCGAUGACGGGCAGUGUCGCUGUUUGCCAGGGGUGAGCGGAGAGAAGUGUGACCACUGCGCGCACGGUUUUUAUGGAUUCCAGGAUGGUGGCUGCACACCUUGCGACUGUUCCCACACACGGAACAACUGUGCAGAGGACUCUGGCCAGUGUAUCUGCCCACCACACACUGAGGGGGCCAGAUGUGAACGCUGUGAGGCCAACUACUGGGGUCAUGACCCUGAAAGUGGAUGCAAGCCUUGUAACUGCAGUGAAGUCGGUUCCGUUGGUCUUCAGUGUGACGGAACAAGCGGCCACUGCCUUUGCAAAGAAGAGUUUAGUGGAGAAAAAUGCAACAAGUGUGCUAUUGGCUACAGGGACUACCCACAAUGCAUUGCCUGUAAGUGCGAUCCCAGUGGUACCAGACCUGAUAAAUGUGACCUGACCCAAGGAGUUUGCAGCUGUGAAGAACACACAGGGCUUUGUCCCUGUAAGGAAAGUGUUUCUGGCGUUCGUUGCAAUGAAUGCAAACCUGGAUCAUUUGCUCUCAGUCUCCAACACCCAGCUGGCUGCAGCCGUUGCUACUGCUCUGGAGUGUCUAAUUCCUGCUCAGAGCUCCAAGGAUUGGUCAGGAUUCCUUUGACCCUGACUCCCGACCAGCUGAUAAUGCAUGUCGUCAACCAAGGCAAUCUGACGGGUACAACAGAGGGCGUCUUCUCCCAGCCCCCAGAGACCUUGCUGGAUGCUGCACUAGUACAGAGGCACCUCCAAACAGAGCCGUAUUACUGGUCACUACCUGCCCAGUUCACAAGAGAUAAGCUUUUGGCUUACGGAGGGAAACUGAGAUAUGUAGCUGCAUUUUAUGCUUACGACGGCUCUGGAAACUUGAACCUGGAACCUCAGAUCCUACUGAAAGGAGGUCACAGCAGCAAAAUUGUAAUUUAUAGGAACAUCCCAACUCCCGCAAAUGGACAGCAAAGCAGAAAUGAGAUAGACCUGACUGAGCAUGAGUGGAAGUAUUUCAAUUCAGUCUCUGACAAACCAGUCACACGUACUGAUUUCAUGUCAGUGCUCAGCAACAUUGAAUACAUCCUGAUUAAAGCUUCCUAUGGCACUGGGCUCCAGCAGAGCAGGAUUUCUAAUAUCACGAUGGAGAUUGCAAUGGAGGAAGAUGAAACUCAUGCAACACGAGAUCGUGCACGUCAGAUUGAGAUCUGUGACUGCCCCCCUGGAUACGCAGGCCUCUCAUGCCAGGAAUGUGCUCCUGGUUUUUAUAGACAGAAGAUAGUGGAUGGCCUACAACCUCUCAAUAUCACAUGUGUCGCAUGCCAAUGCAACAACCACAGUAAUGUCUGUGACCUUGAUACAGGCAAAUGUCAAGGAUGCCGAGACAACACAGUGGGUGAUCACUGUGAACUGUGUGCUUCAGGAUACUAUGGCAGAGUCAAUGGAUCUAUUGCUGACUGCUCACUUUGUGCCUGUCCCAGGUCCAAUUCUGGCAGCUUUAGCCCCACGUGUGUAUUAGAGGGUGUGAAUGAUUUCCGGUGUAAUUCCUGCCUGCCUGGGUAUGAAGGACAGUACUGUGAAAGAUGUGCUUCUGGCUACUAUGGUAACCCGAGGGUAGUGGGCGGUAGGUGCCAACAGUGCGAAUGUAACCCAAGUGGUUCCUUGCACAGCCACUGUGAUUCUUUACUGGGCCAUUGCGUUUGCAAAUCAGGUGUAACAGGUCAUCUCUGCGAUCAGUGUGAAUCUAAACACGUGCUGGUAGAAAGCGAAUGCAUAUCUUGUGAUGAUGAUUGCACAGGACUCCAGCUAUCUGACCUCAGCAACCUGGAAACCAUGUUGAUGACGUUAAACCUGACAGAGUUCGAUCCAGCUCCUUAUAAUCUCUUUAUUGACAUUGAAAACAGGACAGAACAAUACAAGAUUACUCUGUUGACAGAAUGGAACACAAGUGCCCUCGUUACAAAGGUGGAAGAACAGGUGCAUGGCUUGACCUUGGAGAUCAGCCACUUACAGAAGAAGGUCGCUCAGGAUCUUGUGAAUGGACAAGAUCUGAAUGAAGUUACUGGGAAAACAUUAACCCGGAGUUUGGAGCUUGAAGCAUUUGUAAAUAAAACUUUAAAAACGGUCAAAGGUCUUGUUGAUGUGGCGAAUCACCUGAAUAAGACUCUGAGUGCUGACCUGAAUCUUUCGGACACAACACUGCGGCAACUUCAGUAUGAGAUCUCGAAUAUGCUGGAACUCAUGCGAAACAGAGUGCUUAAUCAAUCGAAAGAAAUUUCAGGAUCAGAAUUAAAAGCUGCAGAACAUCUGUUGACCAGGGUACAGAAGGAGUUUCAAAAACCUCAGAAGGAGCUGGAGGGCAUGAAAAGCAGGAUCGUCGAUAUGUUAAUGCAACAUGGCAGCAAGCUGCGUGAAGCUCAGGACCUGGUGAAUGAAGCACGCACAAACACCAAUGAAACAAGCAGGCUUCUCCACAGCAUCUCGAUCAGCUUGGGAGAACUCAAGGAGAAACAGCAGACAGCCAGGCAAGUCAGGGCACUGACAGCCAGCCUGAUCCAAGAUGGAAGACAGAUGAUGGCUAAUGCAGCAAAAAUGGCAGAAGACAUUGUGAAUAACACAGCUUUUCUGGAGCAAUACAGUGAUCAGCUGGACUUGUGGAAUGCUAAGAUGAGGAUGCACCUUGACAAGCUGGUGAUGGAGAUGACUCAAAAGAGUGUGCUCAACCUUGUCUACAGGGCAGAGGAACAUGCCGAGGAACUCAAUAAGAUUGCUAAUCUGCUAAACAGUGUCCUUUCAGCUGUGAGAAACACGUCCCUGAAUGCCACAGUGGCUGUCAACACACACUCCAACAUCAAAGCACUGGUUGAAGAAGCUGCAAGAAUUGCAUUGGAAGCCAGGAGCAAAGCUGAUGUUGCAUUAAAGUUGGCCAUUGGUCCUCCAAAGCCACUUGAGGAGCUCGGCAAGAAGUCAGCGCAGCACAGUUCAGAGCUCCUGAUUGAUGCAAAUGAUUUGAAAAGGAAAACUGCUGGGUUUGUGAAUCAGCUGAAUGGGCUGAAGGAGAAAGUUGAUCAGAUUCGGAAGAACGCACGUAAUGUGAGCAGACAGCUGAGUGACCCCCUACAGAUACUGGCAGGAUUGCCAAAUGGUACUGCUGCUAGAUUCCAUGAGGUGAAAGAUCGUGCAAUCUCGGCUAACCUGACGGCAGCUACCGCUCUUGUUGAAAUUCAGCAGUUCAGUCGGCAGCUGCUGAGCACAUCUGGCACUUUAGCAAGGGUCAAUAAAACCGUCAGAGAAACAAAUGACCUCAUCAACGACUCAGCAAAGACUGCUGCUGCUGCUGGUAAAAAGGUGCAAGAGGUCGAAAUUCAAGCCAAUUACCUGCUGGACAGGUUGAAGCCGUUGAAAAUGCUCGAGGACAACCUGAGCAGAAACUUAUCAGAGAUAAAGGAAUUGAUUAAUCAGGCCCGGAAGCAAGCUGCCUCUAUUAAAGUGGCAGUGUCAGCCGACCGAGAUUGUAUCCGUGCCUACCAGCCAGCAUUAUUGAGCAGCAAUUACAAUACUCUGACACUGAAUGUGAAAUCCUCUGAGCCGGAAAACUUACUCUUCUACCUCGGCAGCAGCACCAGCGCUGAAUUCUUGGCUCUGGAGAUGCGACGUGGCAGAGUUGCCUUCUUGUGGGACGUGGGCUCUGGGACCGCAAGACUAGAAUAUCCUGAUCUUCAAAUUGACAAUAACAAGUGGUACAGGAUUCAUGCUGCCAGGUUUGGACGUAUGGGUACCUUAUCUGUUCAAGAAAUUGGAUCUUCAAGUCUAGACAAGCCAGCGGUAAAGACAGCCAGAUCUCCUGGAAUCUCCACUGUAUUGAACGUGAAUAAUUCUACCCUUGUGUUUAUUGGAGGUCUCUUCAGGCAAGUCAAGAAAGCACCAGCUGUGAAGGUUACCCACUUCAGAGGCUGCAUGGGUGAAGCAUUCUUAGAUGGAAAAUCUAUUGGCUUAUGGAACUAUCAAGAACGAGAAGGGAGUUGCAAUGGGUGCUUUGCAAGAUCACAGAAUGAAGACAUUGCCUUCCACUUUGAUGGUAGUGGCUAUUCAGCCGUCGAGAAGAUACUACGCUCCACAACAACCCAAUUAGUGAUGCACUUCAGCACGUUCUCACCGAAUGGCCUACUACUCUACCUUGCUUCAAAUGGCACGAGAGAUUUCUUAGCAGUAGAACUGGCAGAUGGGAAAGUCCGAGUAACCUUUGACCUUGGGUCUGGAGUCCUAACCCUUAUGUCCGAGAAACGAUACAACAAUGGGACAUGGUUUAAAAUUGCAUUUCAACGCAACCAGAAGCUAGGUGUUUUGGCUGUGAUGGACCCAUUUAAUUCAACUGAUCGAGAAACCAAGCAAGGAGAAUCACCAGGAACAGCUUCUGAUCUCAAUCGUGGGCACAAAGACCCAAUAUACAUCGGAGGAUUGCCACGCUCCAGAAGUUACAGGAAGGAAGUUCUCAGCAAAUCGUUUGUGGGCUGCUUGAAGAAGGUGGAGAUUUACCGAUCUACAUUUGACCUGCUGAGGAAUUCUUUGGGUGUGAAGAAAGGCUGCUUGCUUGAGCCUAUCCGACGUGUAACUAUUUUAGACGGCGGCUACAUUCAGUUACAGCCGAAAAUCCUGCCAGUGGAAGCCAAGUUAAUGGUAACUUUUGCCACCAAGAAUAACACUGGGAUCAUUGUGGCCGGUUUUGGCAAGUCAACAAAGAGCCAUAAUCGCCGACAGACAAAAAUGCCAUUCUUUGCCAUUAUGAUCAUUGAUGGACGGGUGGAAGCUCAUGUAAACCCUGGUGAUGGAGUCCACACCAGGAAAGUUGUUGCCAAGGCACCUUCUGGAACUUUCAGUGAUGGGCAAGAACAUUCUGUCAUACUUACUAGAAAUAAGAGGAUAAUGACACUACAGGUUGAUGAAGGAAACGUCCUUGAAAUGAGAGUUGGGUCCUCAGCAGACAACAGUCCAUUGAAUAUUACCAGACUCUACGCUGGCGGGGUUCCAUCUGGAGAGGGCGCUAUCAUCCUUAAGAUAACAAAAUCAUUCAAGGGUUGUAUCAAGAACCUCGUCCUAAAUACUGAGUUGUUAGAUUUCAGUGGUCCUUUGAAAUACCAGAACAUUGAUCUGGAUAGCUGCCGGCUUUCGGAGAGACCGACACCUGAGCCAGACGAGAGAGACUUGGAGCCGAUACUUCAGCCGACUGUUAAACCCGUCCAGGCGCCUGAGAAGAAAAUAACACCCACUACCACCAUCCACAGCUCCUCCUCCAACAAAAAGACGUCACAGUGUGCAGUAGAGGAACUACCGGGCACUGUUUCCAAUGCUCACCAAUUUGGACUCGCACGAGGCAGUCACAUGAUUCUCUCCCUCGAUGAGACCAUGGUCAAGAGAAAAUUUGCCAUCCAGAUGAAUAUUAGAACCUAUUCCACCAGCGGCCUGGUGUACUACAUGGCCCAUCAAAACCAGAUUGACUACGCAGCUCUUCAACUCUGGAAGGGACAAUUACAUUUCCUGUUUAAUCUUGGGAAAGGGACAGCUGUGGCCGUCCUGCCUACUCCUAUUAAUGAUGGCAAAUGGCAUUCAGUGAAAACAGAAUAUGCAAAGCGAAGAGGCAUGAUUACUGUCGAUGGGAAGGAAUCCAACUCUGCUUUGGGAGAUGGCAAUUCACUGGAUGUCGAAGGAAAACUAUACCUUGGAGGUUUGCCUUUAGACUACACUGCCAAGAAAAUAGGAAACGCAACGCACAGUAUCCCUGCUUGCCUUGGCAAUAUGACCUUGAAUAACAAGCCCCUGGACAUGGAGAGGCCAGUUUCUGUCCUGACCGUGAGCAGAUGUUACACUGCUGUCCAGGAGGGCACUUUCUUCGAUGGCACUGGAUUUGCUGCACUAGUGAAAGAAGGUUACAAAGUGAGGUCUGAUCUAAUUAUUACAUUUGAGUUCCGCAGUACAUCCCGGAACUCAGUACUGCUUGGCAUCAGCAGCGCUAAGGUGGAUGCAAUUGGAUUGGAGAUCGUAAAUGGCAAGGUUCUGUUCCAUGUAAAUAAUGGAGCUGGAAGAAUUACAGCCAGAUAUGAACCCAAGGAUUCAAACCAGCUGUGCGAUGGGAAGUGGCAUAAACUUCAAGCCAAUAAGAGCAAGCAUCGUAUUGCUCUGAUUGUGGAUGGAGUUACUGUACAGGCUGAUAAUCCCUAUAUUCAGUCAACCUCUGCAGACACUAAUGAUCCAAUAUAUGUGGGAGGCUAUCCUGCUAAUGUGAAGCAGAAUUGUCUGACCCAUCAAAAGCCAUUCCAGGGCUGCAUGAGGAACCUCAAGCUGACAAAGAACCAACCGAUCGAGGCCUUUGACUUCAGCAGAGCCUUUGACCUCCGAGGGGUCUUCCCUCAUUCUUGCCCUGGUGUAGAGCACUAGCCUCCAAGUCGAGCACAAGCCCCCAGCCCAGAGAAUUUUAUCAGAGUAACUGGAGCCAUACUUGUUUCUUCAUUGUAUUAAUUAUCCUCCUUGACUCAGGAUACAUGUGCAUUUUAAGCCAACAAAAAUUGAUGUUUAUGACAGAUGCUUAACUAAAAGGUUUUGCACUGUACAACAAGUACCUCCAUUAAAAAAAAUCAUUAACGGCAUCAGGAUAAAUAUUUUAAUUUUUUUUCAAUCCAUGUUUACAAUUGAUUUUUUUCUUGACAGUAUUUACUGAAAUGUUAAUCCUUGUUCGUUUUGAAUAUUUUAUCAUUUUUGCAAUUAAAAUGCAAACAUGA